AGCUGUCUCAUCUACAUGGAGCCACAGAAUCUAACAAGUGUCUCAGAAUUCCUCCUCCUGGGCCUCUCUGAGGACCUGGGACUGCAGCCCCUCCUCUUUGAGCUGUUUCUGACCAUGUAUCUGGUCACCGUAUUCGGGAACCUGCUCAUUAUCCUGGCCGUCAGCUCUGACCCCCGCCUUCACAUCCCCAUGUACUUCUUCCUCUCCAGCCUGGCCUUGGCUGACAUCGGCUUCAUUUCCACCACAGUCCCCAAGAUGCUAGUGAAUAUCCAGACACAGAGCAAAUCCAUCACAUACGAGGGCUGCUUGACACAAGUGUCCUUUUUUUUUCUUUUUGCCUGUUUGGAUGUUCUCCUUCUGACUGUGAUGGCCUAUGACCAGUUUGUGGCCAUCUGUCACCCACUUCACUACCUUGUCAUCAUGAACCCUAGCCUCUGCGGCUCCCUGGUUUUGGUGUCUUUUUUUUUCAGUCUUUUGGAUUCCCAGCUGCACUGUUUGAUGGUGUUACAACUCACCUUCUACACGAAAGUGGAAAUUCCUCAUUUCUUUUGUGACCCUUCUCAACUCCUCAACCUUGCCUGUUCUGACACCUCCACCAAAAACUUACUAGUGUAUUUUAUUGGUGCCAUCUUUGGUGGUAUUCCAGUCUCAGGAAUAAUUUUGUCUUACGCUCGAAUUAUUUCCUCCAUUCUGAGAGUCUCAUCAUCAGGUGGGAGGUAUAAAGCCUUUUCCUCCUGUGGUUCUCACCUGUCAGUUGUUUGCUUAUUUUCUGGAACUGGUCUCGGAGCAUACCUCAGUUCAGCUGUCUCAUCUUCUCCCAGGAAAGGUGCAGUGACCUCAGUGAUAUACAUCGUGGUUGCCCCCAUGUUGAACCCCUUUAUCUACAGCCUGAGGAACAGGGACAUCAAAAGGGCCCUGAGGAAUCUCCUCAGCAGAACAGCUUGA